GGAACGAUGUGCAGACUACUUGUGGUCUAUUACACCCGAAGUAAUCCGUAAAUGACACGAAUAGUCUCAAGAGAGCGAUUUGGCCCGUGCUAGAAUCUCCACCACCCUAUCAUUGUUAAUCUUCUUUUGCGGGUAAAAGAAUAGUUGCAUCCGGGUAAUAUUCUCCAUUUUUGUUACAACAACAAGAUUCAUAGCAUUCAAAUUUGAGCAACCAACCAGUCAAUAUUAAUGUGCCACAAGCUAUAGGAUCACAACAUGCCCUAUAUGGCUCUAGCUAUAUAAUGCACAUCACAAGAGUACUGCAAGUCCAUAUAUACUUUUCUGCUUGUAUCCCAAUUCCUCUCUUAUCGUAUCCUUGCAUUGAGGAAGCCAUCCCCUGCACACCAGUCUCCUGAUUAAGAUGUCUAAGCCGAGGAGAUUAGAAGGGAAGGUUGCAAUAAUAACAGGAGCAGCCAGUGGGAUUGGGGAGGCAGCUGCAAAACUGUUCGUGGAGAAUGGAGCGUUCGUGGUGGUGGCUGACAUUCAAGAGGAAUUGGGUCUCAAAGUGGUGGCUUCCAUAGCAGGCCCUGAUGUCGACAGAGCUAUUUACAAGAACUGCGAUGUUACGGUGGAGAAGCAGGUGGAAGAAACCGUGGCUUUCGCUAUCGAAAAGUACGGCACCCUCGAUAUCAUGUACAGCAAUGCCGGGACCAUGAGUUCAUGGGAGAGCAUCCUAGACAUGGACAUGGAGGAGGACUUCGACCGAACCAUGGCUGUAAAUCUAAGAGGACCGGCGAUGUGCAUAAAGCAUGCUGCUCGAGCCAUGGUUAAAAGACAAGUAAGGGGAUCCAUCAUUUGCACGGCCAGCAUUGCGUCCGUUCUGGGAGGGAUGUGUCCUAUUUCUUACAACACUUCGAAGCAUGGUUUGGUGGGUCUGGUUAGAGCCGCGGCGAGUGAGCUUGGGAAGCAUGGGAUAAGGGUCAAUUGUGUUUCUCCUUACGUUGUUGCCACUCCCCAGUCGAUAUCGUGGAUGUCGUCAGCGAUGGGCAUUAACAAUGCGAGCGGAAGCGAAGUUGAAUUACUAGCAAGUUCCGCAGCCAACUUGAAAGGAGUUGCAUUGAAAGCGAAGCAUGUCGCAGAGGCUGCUCUCUUCCUUGCUUCUGAUGAAUCAUCCGUUUAUGUCAGUGGUCAUAAUUUAGUCGUUGAUGGGGGUUUCACCGUCGUUGAUAAUUCUAUGACUAUGUUAAUGGAGAAGCAGAUAAAACAGUGAUGUGAUUUUGUUUCUUGAUAACCUACCAGAUAAAGGCUCAAGAGUUCUUGCUGAAGCUGCUUGUUUGUGUUUAUGGAUGCUUCCAGAUAAAGGCUCACGAGUUUUUGUUGGAUGUAUUUUUUUAUUUUUUUUCUUCUUUUCUUUGGCCUUCCCUGUGAAUCAGGCUUUUUCUUGUAUCUAGAGUUGGACGCCUCGAUGUAUCCCUUUGUCGAAUUCAAUAAAAUUAUAUCUGGUAACCUUUGUAGAUAGAAAA